CCUGAGGCCCACCAGUGCUGCUCCCUGCUGCUGCUGCUCGGGAGAGAACAUUCUCUGGGAAGCGCUGGACAGGUGCCGGGCCAUGCUGGCGCUGCUCUGUGCCUGGCUGCUGCUGGCGGCGGGCGCCGACGCCACCGGGACCGGCCUGGACGCGGCGGGGCUGGGCGCCCACACGCAGGAGCAGAUCCGCGACAUGUACGACAAAGUGACAGAGAUCUGGCAGGGGCUGAAGCUGCACCGCACGGCGGGCAUCCGCGCCGAUGGCACGCUGCACGCUGCCUGCCGGGUGCAGCCGUCGGCCUCGCUGAAGGCGCAGCAGCCGCGGGUGAGCGGCCUCGUGCUGUUCCGGCAGCUGUCGGCCGGCGCGCUGCUCGAGGCCUUCUUUGACCUGGAGGGCUUCCCGGCCGACAGCAACGCCAGCCGCGCCAUCCACGUGCACGAGUUCGGGGACCUGAGCCAGGGCUGCGAGGCCGCGGGGCCCCACUACAACCCGCUGGUGGUGCGGCACCCGCAGCAUCCUGGCGACUUCGGCAACUUCGCGGUGCGCGACGGCCGCGUCUGGAAGUACCGCACUGGCCUGGCGCCGGAGCUCAGCGGCCCGCACUCCAUCAUGGGCCGCGCGCUGGUGGUCCACGAGGGGCUGGACGACCUGGGCCGCGGCGGCAACCCCGCCAGCCUGGAGCACGGCAACGCGGGCCCGCGGCUCGCCUGCUGCGUGGUGAGCGCGUGCGGCCCGCAGCUCUGGGCGCGCCAGGUGCAGGAGCACGCGGAGCGCAGGAAGCAGCGGCGGGCCAGCGAGUGCAAGACCACUGCCUGAGGGGGCCGUCCCUGCAGCCCGGGACACCCAGCGCAGUGGGGGGCCCCUCAACGCCCGGAGAACACCACCCACCUUCUGCCCGGAGUUUCUCCACGCCCAGAGGCAGCCUCCACCUUGAAGUCGCAUCUGCCGUGGCUGACAUCUGUCCCCAAAUCCCCUUCCCAUGGAAGUCUCCAACCAGCAUGAAACAUCGCCCUCCAUCUGAAGGGCACCCCAACCUCGGAGGAUCCACUCCAAACCCUAAGGAUCCUCAGAGGUCAUGAAAUAACUCUGGCCGCCACGAAGGCCUCCCAGACUCCUCCAAGGUCCCUUUCCAGACAUUGUCCUGAUACCUCUAAACCUGCAGGGACCCAACUCCCUCACCCCCAGGUUCCUCCUAAGCCUCUGGGUUUCGUUAGGAGUUGCCUGGGGUUCUCUCUCCCCACCCACCGCCUGUGAGCCCUGCCAGCAUCUGCGGCGGGAAGUCAGGCUUCUGCUGUCAUCGUCAAGUGUGUCCUGCCUGCCACUCCCUGGCAGAACGCUGCUCCUUUGGGGGCUGUUUGGCAAUCCUGGUGUUGCACAUUAAAAACGAAGCAAUUCA